AUGAGUUCUCAUGUUUAUCAACCGACUGAACCAUUUCUCGAUGAUUGGCAUGUAAUACGAUAUGAUCUACCGAACAAAAAUGGCUUAGCUCUUGUUGUUUAUAUUAAUCCAGAACGUCAUCAAUGUGUAAUAUCCAUUCGAGGAACUGAUUUAACGUCGAGUUUUUUAAAUAAUCCUAUUACUGAUCUACGCUUAUUAUUUACCAAUCAAGCGAUAGACACGUUUGAUUCGGCUCGUUUAUUGUUAUUUCAUGAUGAACCAUUACAUAUUCCACGCCGAGAUUCAAUUCCAUACGUUAUAUCCUUCACGGGACAUAGUUUGGGAGCAGCACUGGCUGAAAGUUUUGCUUGUGUUUACAACGCCUAUGCGGUGACAUUUGACUCUCCCGGGACGAAACAUAUUUUACAAAAUGAUCCAUCUUGUCGAAUAAACAUAGAACUUGGCUACAAUCCUAAAGAACACAUUCACACCUAUUUAGGUGCCUAUGCAAAUUUAGUUAAUGUUGCUAAUCCACAGUCUGGUCAAGUUAUGUAUUUGAAACGAUUUGGUACUGACAAUGAUAAUGAGUCAGCUCAGUUGUUCUACAUUUAUUCUUCAGCAGCUAGUGUCUAUUUGGCUACCUGCAUUUUUGCAAACAUUAUCGAUAAAACUGAUAAAAAUGAUGUAUUGCUUAUUCCAUCACCUUAUUAUACAGCAUUUGAUCAUGAUGUAUCAGCAUUAUCUAACUAUGCGAUUAUUUCGAUGUCUAUUACUUGUACAAGAUAG